GAAACGGGUGGGAAGUCCAGGAAGUAGGUCUACUGUGAUGAUGGGAGGAGCAGAGAGCAGGAGACGAAGAGUAACGGAAAGAGAAGACGAGAAGAGCAUGCUGACGUUUAUCGACUUCCAUUCUUUUGUGUGAUCUGAAGCAGAGAAAUGAAUAUUAUCAGACAGACACUGACACUGUCAUUGCCUCAAGUGACAGAAACUCAUCCGGUCAUACAGUGUGUCAUUAACAACAACCUCAAGAAGCUCAAGAAACUACUGAGGGACAACAAUGUUAAUGGACUUUACCCCUGCAGAGAGUGGGGGGAUUGUUUCACUCCACUGACUGCUGCAGUUGUGUAUCACAAGUAUGACAUUUUUACAAACCUUUUGGAUCAGGGUGCAGACCCAGAUAGUCAUUCCCAGAGAGGCCUUACACCUUUGCAUUAUGUCUCAAUGUCCAAAGCACCACUUGGCUUUGUGGAGAGACUGCUAGAAGCUAAAGCUAAUGUAAAUGGUUGGAAUGCUGUGGAGCUUCAGGUACUUGAGACACCACUGCAAACUGCUGCCCUCAACGACAGGGAAGACGUCAUGAAAGUGCUUCUCUCUGCUGGUGCAGUGGUCACACUGAUACCUAUAACUCACCCUGAACAUUUUAAUCACAACAGAAAAUUAGCUCAGAUGAUUCAUAACUUGGCAUCCAAAGGAGAUAAAUUAUGCUCUGAAUGCAAAUAUUUUAUCGAUAUGGAAAUCGCUGUGCGAUCAGAACCACCUGAAGAAGUGUUCAGAAAAUUUACCAAUGACAUGCUACGGGAGCAUCCUCAGAACCAUUUGACCAUGAUUGAAAUGCUCUUCACUGUUACUGGCCUGGGUAAAGAAAAAUACAGCCAGGGAAGUAUUAAAUGGCUCAAGGAGACAGAGAAUGUGAAUACCUAUAUUGCAGGUACAGUCAGCAGAUUCCCAAAGAUCCCUAAGAUACAUGUGAAAAGGGCAAUUGACAGUUUAAAUGUAGUUUUCUGCACAAUGGAAGACAUACCAAACGAGCAAGCACAAGAUGUUAUUCCCCAUCUCCUGGAACAGCUUUGCUUAAAAGAGAGACCUGAUAUUUUGGAAACUGUUCUACAAACACUGUAUGUGAUAACACAGAAAACAACAGAUAGAAAUGGAUGGGAUUUCAACUUUACAAAGAACUUGUGCAAAUCAGUUGCUCCUUUUGCAGUACCUACCCAUCACUCUGACAUUAAAAUCUUCACAUAUGGUAUUUUUGCCAACUUGCUCCCAGUUGAACAUGUGACUGAAAUUUUUACGUCAUUGGGAAUCACUUCAGUGCCUGACGACGUUCUGACAUCUGCAGAUAUGAAAAUGAAUGACAAGCUGAAAGAAGCGCUCAGACGUCUGAAAAAUUACUUGAGCAAUCCCAACAUGGACAGUGAGGGAAAUCCAGCCUUACCUGAAUCCAGUAAAAAGAAGAAAAAGAAGAAGAAGAAGAAGAAGAAAAACCAGGAAAAGUCAGACAAGCAAGAAGACCCAAGUAAUGACGUUUCCAACUCAACUGAUCCAACAACAACAGUUCCUGUUGUGGAAUCAUCUUCAAAUGCAAAGCCAUUCCACGUCAACACCAACAAAUCACCAGGAACACGACAAUGGGUACAAAUUAGCAAGAGAUGGAAGGAGAAAUUAGAGAAGCUUGUUGCCACAGAUGAGAGUAAAAUAAUCAGAAUUAGGAGUCUCAUUUAUGUGAAUGAUACAGAAUUCCGCAUAGCAAAGGGAAGCGAUGGGACUGAAGUCUACCUGGGACUGAGAGAUGAUGGAACAGAAAUUGCAAUUAAGAGAAUGUCUAAAAGCAACUACGAGGUCCUGAAGAACGAGGAGGGAAUUCUACGACUUCCAGAACUUGAAGAUCCAUCGAUUGUACGAUACAUCGAUGCUGCAGAGGAUGAGAACUUUGGGUAUCUUGGUCUUCAACUCUGUGAAUAUACCUUGGAAGAAUAUAUCAAAAGUGAUAAUAAGCUGAUGACAAAGGAACUUAUUAAGCAAGUUCUAAACAGUCUGAAAGUGCUUCACUGUCAAAAUCCUCAGAUUCUCCACAGAGAUCUUAAGCCACAGAAUGUUUUGAUUGAUGUUAAAGGGAGGGCACGGUUAGCAGAUUUUGGCAUAAGCCGACGGUUACUCACAGGCCAAACAACUUUGCGUACCGCCAGUGCAGGAACCAAAUGCUGGAUGGCCAGAGAGACUCUACUAGAAGAAGCCAACAUACCAUACAAGUCAAACACUGACGUACAGGUGGCAGGAAUGCUGAUUUAUUAUAUCCUCUCUGGAGGACACCAUCCAUUCGGUGACAGAUCCUGUGAGUGUGAGUACAACAUUUAUCGUGGGAAGUACUCCUUGGAUCACAUGGAAGAUGUGGUGGCCAAGGACCUGAUCGAGUGGAUGCUCAGUGAAAAUCCAAAGAUGAGACCAAACGUGGGAGAAUGCCUGUGUCAUCCUUUCUUCUGGACUGUUGAAAAGCAAGUUGAAUACUUGAAAAAGAUUGGUAACAGGGACGAGGUGGCAAACUUUCGAAAGGCUGAUCAGGAACUGAUGACCUCUCUAGAGAAAUGUGCUGGGGAUGGAUCCUUCACACAGUGGAAAAAUAAGUUUCCUCAAGAGCUGGUUCAGAAGAUGGAUCGCAAAAAAAAAUCUUACAGCGAAAACACACUGGGGUUACUGCGCUUCAUACGCAACCUCCAUGAGCACUACGCUGAGGAUGCUGCUCAGAUUGAUCUAAUGGAGUUAUUUCCCGAUCUCUUUGGAUGUAUUUACAAGUUUGCCAAGACCCGAAACUGGAAUUCAGAGGUGCCCUUGAAGGGGAUGUUUAAAAGAGAAGACAUCAGCACCAGGUUUAUGAAGCUGUCCACAAACACUGAGGAGCGUGUGGGUGUCCCAGUCCAAGAGUCUCAACCCAGUGACUCGAAGUGAAGUUGAAUCUGUAAUUGCUUAUGAACAACCAGAAGGGAAAAACACACACACAUGACGACAGGAUAGAGAGUAUCUUUUUUUAUUAUUACCAAAGCAAAGAAAGAGAAUUCAUUUAUUUCAUGUUUGUGUUCUAUUUUUCUUCUAUCACUGAUAGAAGUCAAGUCUCUCCUUUCUAUUUUGUUAGAUUUUAUAUUUUUGAACAUUCGUUAAAAUUUGUAUUUUUUUUUUAAUUUUAUUUUGCUGCAUUUGUCUGAUAACUGUAUUUGCUUGUUUAUCCUUAAAUAAUUUAUUGCAAUGUGUAAUAACAAACACCAUAAUGCACUUAGAGUUGAAGUCAUUCCUCUACCAUGGGUUUGUCGGGUUAAAUUAUAGCACUGUUUACAGAGUGCAGCAUUAUUUAAAAAAAAAAAAAAAUCUGAAACUACUGAACAAUUACUUCAGUAUCCUUUGACUUUAUGUUUAGUUCUUAUUACUGAAAUUGUUUAACGGUAGUAGGAUUUGAUUUGUUUUAUUUGAAAUUAUAUUAUAUGUGCAAUUAAAUUAUGCUAAAGGUAUAAAAUAUUGAAACAUGAAAUCCUCAGGUUAAUUCACAAAUAAUACUGUGACAUGUCUUUUAUCAGUACUGUGAUUUUAGUUUCUUGACUUGCUCCAUUAACUGCCAUGGCUUGUCAUAAAAUUGUGAAUGAAAUGGGCUGGGGGUUUUAUUUGAGGAGGUUGUUUUGUUUGUUUGUUUAAAAGUGUUAUUCAGUUACUAAGAUGCAAACUAAUGAAAAUACAUUUUUAUCACGAAAAUCAGAAGACGUUUGCACUUGCAUCAAAGAGGAUUUAACUAGUUUGUGUGAACAGAUGCUGACAUUUUGGUUGACAAAUGUAAAUUUCAAUCACUUUUGAUCUACAUUGAGUGAAUCAUAUUGCAAUCGUCUAAAUAAAUCUAUAUUUGAUUGAAA